AUGAGUGACGGUGAAAUUUCAACUUCUGAGAGACUACAGACUAUCGAAAUCGGCGGCUCGGCAGGGUCAGACUACCAGGGCGAAACCCUUUUCGCCGAGCUUGGGCCUCCAGAAAAUGUGGAUGAGCUCUUGGACAGUCUUUUCGAGAAAGAAGAAAUCCGCGCAGAACAGCGCUGGAAUUUUUCGACAUCGACAUUCGAAUUGAUCCCGAAGACGGUGGCACGUGACUUGGAGUUCCUCGACCCCGUUUUUGUCAAAGUUCCGAGCCAGUCAGAAAAGGACUUCCGAUCCCGAACAAACACUGCCGACUCUGGUUUCGGAGAAUUCAACAAUCAUACCUCAGCCAAUUUAUAA